AUGCCCGAAAAGGUAGUGUCUCUCCUCCACGACCUCAUUCAGGUCCAAAGCACCAGCGAACACGAACAAGAAAUCGCCCUCUUCCUCGACACGCACCUCACAAGCCUAGGCUACACCGUCGAACGCAUCCCCAUAGCCGAAGGUUCCUCGCGCGAAAAUGUCUACGCCUAUCUGGGCUCUACGCGCAAAACCCGCGCCUGUCUAACCUCGCACAUGGACACCGUUCCACCGCACAUCCCGCUGCGCGUGGACGGGUCGACGAUCUACGGGCGUGGCGCCUGCGACGAUAAGGGCCCGAUGGCGGCGCAGAUCUGUGCGCUGGAGGAGCUGCGGGCCGAAGGGCGCGUCAAGGAAGGCGAUGUGGCGCUGCUGUUCGUCGUGGGAGAGGAAAAGGGCGGUCCCGGCAUGCUGGCGGCCAACAAUCAUGACCUCAGCUUUGAGGGGGUGGUGUUUGGGGAACCGACGGAGGGGAAGCUGGUCGUCGGACACAAGGGGCACUUGGUGUUUGAACUGAUUGGAGAGGGAAAGGCCUGCCAUUCCGGGUAUCCCCAGCAUGGGGUCAAUGCGAAUAUUGCGCUGGUGGAGGCGCUCAAUGAUUUUCUCAACACGAAAUUCCCCGAUUCGCCCCUUCUCGGUCCGUCGACGUUUAACAUUGGUAAGCUCGAGGGUGGUGUGAGUUACAACAUCGUGCCGGGAGCUAGCAAGGCGCUUUGCGCCGUGCGCAUUGCUACGGAUAUGCCAGGGAUUAAGAAGAUCGUGGCGAAUACAGCAGCGAAGCAUCCAAAUGUUCGGUUAGAGUUCAAGUUUGAAUAUCCAGAGACUUUGCUCGAUCAUGAUGUUGAAGGGUUCGAAACUGCACCGGUCUCGUACGGAACAGAUGUCCCUCGGUUCAAGGGCAAUCAUAAGAAGUACCUGUACGGACCUGGGUCAAUUCUCGUCGCGCACGGCGAAAAUGAACAGAUCGAAGUGUCCGAGCUGCUGGAGGGUGUUCAAAAGUAUAAGGCGCUUACGCUGCAUGUACUCGGCAGUUCUUAG